AUGCCGGCCCUGAACGGGGAGGACGGCGUCUCCCCUGCCCCGCGGCUCCGGCGUCAAGCUGGUGCUCUUGGUCUUCUCCGUCCUCGCUGUGGCGAUCUCCCGGCGGGCGGCUUCUCCUGUCUCGCCCGCCAGGCCCCGCCUCUCGCCGGCCCGUUCUGGGCCUGCCCGGGCCGCCCCUCCUGCUUGGGCCUGGGCACCCUACACCCUCCGAGCAUCUGUGACCGCCCCUUUGUUGUUCCCUGCAACCCUCUGGCCCCCCGGCCGUGCACUGCCCCACGCCUCCUGUGGGAAAGAGGGGCCUCCGACACAAGAAGUUGCCAAAGCGGCCAGACUUGUUCCUGCUCCCCAGGCCCUCUCUUGGGGAGGCCCGCCACCCGGCCCGCCCCCCGCCUCUCCGCGGCCGGCCGCCGCCCCCAGCUCGCCCCGGCUGGCUAUCUCACCCCAGACGGCGUUUCCACCACUGCCAACCGUGCAGCCCCAGGCAUCCCCGGUCCAAAGAGCCCUCCACACUUCUCCAAGGAUGUGAAGAUCUCCUCUUUCCGAUGA